GCGUGUCUGUCUGUCUGUCUGUGUGUGUAUGUGGGGGGAGAAAGGUUUCGACAGUCCGGCUGCGAGGCGCAAGAUUAAAGCAGCCAGUGGCUGUGUGUUGAUGUGUUGUUUGCUGGUUGCAGAAGCUCUAGCCCGAUCGAUACUCAUUGAUUGUCCCUGACGAGCUGCUCCACUUUCCAACCAAUGUCAGCCUGUCUCCGGCUAGCCAGGAUGGGGGAAAAAUGAAAUUAAGGAAAAUCUCUGCCGCCCUGGCGGUGUCGUUUCCACACACUUCACUUGGCAGUCUGCCAGACCAAGAAGCACACCGAAAAGAUGGACUGUAGUCUGAAAGGGGGGAUCAGAUAAAGUGUCCAAUGCUUUUACCCAGAGCGUUAACUCGCACGUUUUAACGUGUUCCAAAUAUUGCAAGCGCUUCUGUAGAAUGCAGGCUGUUUCUUCAUUGAGACACCCCUAUGGGGCUAUGUGUGUAUUAAAAAAAAUCUGCUCUUUUAUUGUGAAACUUCUCGCAGUGGUUUCUGUACAUAUCCACAUUGCUGCAAAUUGAGUGUCGUGUAAUGCGAACCCGGAACGGUGCAAAAUGCAAUUAGGAGAUGCACGGGGUUAUAUAUUUUUUUUUAGUUGAAAAAGGUUGAGCCAUCGUUUCACCUAGAUCCAGUUCGGUUUUUGUAGCGCGCUCCAAAAAUCUAUGAAAUGUGUUUGCAUGUACUUCCAGAGCGAUCUGGGAUGUAGAGGAAGGCUUGCAGGAAUCGGAAGGUUGUAGCCCUCUCACUUUGUGUUAUUCAAGCCUGGUGAUCCCUGGGGUAUCUGCAGAAGGUGCCAAACAGGAGGUACGCAGACAUUUCCAGAUAACUUUGGAGCUGGUCAGGAUUUGCAAUAGUUUUCCAGCUGAGAUUGGUAAGAAAAUUAGUUCAUAGAAACUUCACAAUUUUGGUUUGUGAAAAAAGGAACACUGCAGAAUCUUUAAUGAUGUCCAGUGCCAGCCAACUUACAGAGCAACAAAUCACUCCGAACACAGAAAAGGAUGUUCUCAAGGACGAUGAACUUACAGCUGAUUUAGAAAAGCGGAGCAGGAGCGGUAUAAUAAAUGAGCCAAUAAACAAAGUUUUAAAGAAACCCCGUUCAUCAACGCGCUUUUCGACAUUUGGCAGUGGUAGCUCAAUGAACGGGCAACUGCAGAAUGGAGGUAUCUUAGUAAAUGGAAAAGAUUCAACAGUUCUUCAAAACAGUUCUACCUCAAAGCAUAAAAGAGUCUCUCACAUGCUGGACAAAUCUGACAGAUCACUGGAAAAUUCAUCAGAGGCACAGAGUGAAGUACACAUCAUUCCUUCUACAGAUCUUCAGAAGCAGGUGGAACCUGAGCAUAUUUUCCUCUCCAGUGAACGAGAAGCUGGUAUUUCUGACAUGGAGGUCGUAUCAGCAGCUGAAGCAAUAAGCAGUCCUGUCGAUCUGCCCUUCAUGAGCGGCAUUCCAUUGAAUCCAGGUGUUUUUAUUAUGACUCCUGCUGGUAUAUUCAUGGCAGAUAGUGCACUUCAGAUGGCUGGUCUGGUAGAAUAUCCCUUGCAGAAUGACCUUGCUUCAGCCAUUCAUUCUGGAAAAAAGAAGAGGAAGAGAUGUGGCAUGUGUGAACCGUGCAGGAGAAGAUUAAAUUGUGAGGAAUGCAGUAGCUGUAGAAAUCGCAAAACUGGCCACCAAAUUUGCAAACUGCGAAAGUGUGAGGAACUUAAAAAAAAACCCACAGCAGCAUUGGAGAAAGUGAUUCUUCCUUCAGGAGCAGCAUUUCGAUGGUUCCAGUAGAUGUGAGCACGCAAUUCCCAGAGUUGUGUCAUUAAGUGCAAUGUGUCUGCUUGCUUGUAUUGUCUCAGGCAAACAUUGUCGGCUGAAGUAAAUGGACGCACCCUGUGUUUUCUUAGAACCAAAACUCUUUCUGCAACUUUCAUUCCAAUUUUUAUGGAGGUGAAUUUUAUGUUGUAAGAAUAAAUAUCUUUAGUCAUUGUACAAUGUGUCAGUGCUAUUACAACAAA